UCUCAAUACAGAAACUUAUCCCUAUUCGAUAUAAUCCAACGCGCGUCGACAUCCAGUUAUCUAUCUUCAAUUAGAGCCAACUGACGAAGCUCCAUUAAUUUUCUGUGUCGAUAUGAGUGGAAUUAAAGAAAAUAGUCUAGAACCCAAUUUUGCAUCACCAGUUGUUUUCGGCAGCGCCCGUCGCUUGCCAACUGGGAAUAAUAAUAGCAACGGGAACAAAGGCAUUAUUUCAUUAAGGGAUCUGUCUAUGCCAGAGAUAUGGGAGCUGGCUCGAGAUCGUGUAAGGAUCAGUGGUAUAGAGAGACGAUCAACAGAUAAUCCUUCACACAAACGUAUAGCUGUGUCUGAGACUGUGACGAGACGUCGCACAUCAACUUAUCAAAUCAUGUCGCAAUACGUAGACUCAACUGCAGCAAACGAUGGACUAGAUGAUAAUGAGGAGUUCUUCGCGAAUUUGCUAAAUAAAAUGACCAAGGAACAAUUCAUACCAUCCGGUGAAGUUAAUAAAUCACGAAAGCGACUGAGUUUAUGGAAUAAAGAAAACGCAAAAACCUCUGGCAAAAGCAAGCGAUCUAAGAACAAUGUCAACAUGAUUCCUCCUAUUCCACCAGCAAUGGCACUGCUAAAAAAACGAUUGCUGCCUCAACAGCACAAGACUACUUUACAAGCCGUGUCAGCUAUUCCAGUUCGAUCUGUGACAGCUAAAACGGAGCAACAAGAUCAAUCUGUUCCUCAGCAUAGGUCAACUUUAAAUCUGGCUCAAGAAGACAUGAAUAUGAAAGAAUCUUAUUCAAGUUUUACGGAUUGUGACUUAUUGUCAAAUGUGCCCAGGAAGGUAAAAGAAAAUUUUCUUCGGAAGAGGACUGCAGAUGAUGGUUUUCCUACUUCCUUUAUGGAAACGUUGAAGUUGCAACAUAAUUAUGCUGUUGAGGCUGUCGAUCACAAUUCCAGACAUUCUACAACGCAGGGCGAUUAUAGUUAUAGUAAAAAAUAUAACCAGAAUUUUUUAAGCAGCCCAUGUCUUUCAACUAUUGAAGAAUACCUUGAACCAUCCAUGGUAAUCGAACCAUUAAUCCGUGAUCCAAAUGCUAUGGAAUUUGAACGACACUCAAACCUGUCUAUUCCAUUCACUCCACCUUCGUCCACAGAAUUUGUUAGUUGUAAUGCUCACGAAUUUGAUAAAGGUUUUAACAAUCUUGAUGAGAAUGAUAAUUCCCGCUCGUUGUCAGUAUUGACAAUAACUUGCCCAAGUCUGAUUUCAAACUGCGAAAGCAAAUAUAACUACGAGAUUAUGAACCAGGAAACAUUCAACAUACGUGAUAAUAACUGGUUCAAUUGAACUGUUAUUGCAUUUUAUUUACCUUAGUUAAGCUCAUUGAAAUAAUAAUUUUUUCACAUUCAUAGUUUGAAUUAAUUCAGAUUUGAAUAUAGGUUGGAGCUCUUUGAAAUGAAAGUGUAUAGAUUACUGUUGAAGAUUUCUCAACUCGAGUCAGUCUGGUCAGUGUACAUUGUCCAAAUAGGGCAAUUCAUUCUGAUAUACUUUCAUGGUAUAUAAGGAUUAUCAGAUAGUUUGUAACUUCAGAGUGUAGGUGAUUAAAUGUUUAUUGAGGCUACGCAAUUUCAUGCUGAUAAUCACAUCAAUAAUAAAACUAGAAUUUUAAUGACAUUAAUAAAAUACAAAUUUACAGCGUAUGCGCUGUACAAAUUUCAACACUUGAUACUUUCAUUCAUUAUGUACAUCAUUGACAUUUGAUGAGUAUUUAUAUUGGUUAUACCAAUAUGAAUAUAAUUAUUACAUGGUAAAAGUGCCGUCUCGUAAUGGGGAAUAAGAAGGAAGAAAUCUAUUUUAUUUGUUCAAAUUUCUCCAACAAUACUCCCGUAGGUACUUCAUUGUUAGCGUGUUGCACAAAACACCAUCUUUAAGCUUACUCUAAGAA